AUGGAAGACGCUCGCAGGGGUAUUGUAGCCCAUUCAGACCAUGAAUUGGAAAGCACAGGAAUAAGUAGAACAUUCAGGGAUGAAGACCACUUUGAAAAAGGGGUAGCCCUCCCAUCUACAUCACCAGUUAUUGGGCAAAAAAAUGAUGAGUUUUUGAAUACCAGGGGAGAGGACAAUCAUAGGGGUUUUGUCACCCAUUUGGGUCACGAAACACAAAACACCGAUGAAAAUCAUCUUGAAGAAGAGAUACCUGUCCCCUCUACGUCUCCACCUUCACCAGCUGUGGGAGAUCAUCGGGUGAAGUAUGAUGUGUUUUUGAGUUUCAGGGGGGAAGAUACUCGAAAGGGUUUUAUCGCCUAUUUAUACCGUGAAUUGCAAAAAACCAGAGCGAUUAAAACUUUCAAGGAUGACGCGCAACUGAAAAAAGGGACUGUUAUUGCUUCAAAUCUCCUAAGGGCAAUCGAAGAAUCAAGGUUUGCGAUUAUUGUGUUUUCCGAGAAGUAUGCUGAUUCUGCAUGGUGUUUGGAUGAACUUACAAAGAUUUUUCAAUGCAUGGAGGGUAAGGACACAAUUCUCCCAAUUUUUUAUCAGUUGGAUCCCGCUGUUGUACGAUAUCAAAAGAAAGAGACCAGUUUUGGUGAAGCUUUCGUCAAGCAUGAAGCUAGACAAGACAUUGAGAAGACGAACCAGUGGAGAGCUGCAUUAAAAGGAGUGGCAGGAAUCUCUGGGUGGAAUUCAAACACUUUUCCGACGGAGGUAGAACUAAUCGAUGACAUUGUGAAACAUUUGUUGGAAAAAGUACUUCAAGCACCCACCAGAACUUUUGGAACAUUUGAAGCGACAGGGCAAGUCAUGGAUGAGGUCAUGAAGGUGUUAAAAGAUGAUCAAGUCACUGUCCUUGGGGUGCAUGGAGUAGCUGGCGUUGGAAAGACGACUAUGGUCAAACAUGUUGGUGCACAAGCUGAGAAAGAUGGGCUUUUUGAUCGUGUGAUUAUGGUUGUCAUAUCCAAAAGCCCUGACUUGCAAGAAAUUCAAGGCACGCUAGCAGAUUCAUUGGGCCUGAAGGAGGGGAUCAAGAGAGGAGAUAGGAUGCUUAUAAUCUUGGACGACAUUUGGGAGAGUUUUGAACUCUCAGGCAUUGGAAUUCCCGGUCACCAUGAGCUUCAAAACUGUUACUCUAAAGUUGUAAUCAUCACAAGGAACAGCAACGUCUGCCAUUCUAUGGGGUGUCAUGCCCAGAUCGCUCUCAAUAUUCUAUCAGAUGAAGAUUCUUGGAAGUUACUCAAAGAGACCUCGGGGAAGUCUUUUGAUGAAUCUGCAAAUUCCUAUGAUGAAGAGAGGAAGGUAGCUCAAGAAUGCAGAGGUCUCCCAAGAGCAAUAAAAGCAGCUGCAAGGUCACUUGGAGAUAAAUACCGGGAUGAAUGGAAUGAAGCAGUUGCAAGGGAAUUUGGAGGCUUGGACGAAUGGAAUGAAGCAGCUCAAGCCUUCAACCUUGAAGCUGAGAAGGGCUCUUUUCAUUCAUUGGAGGAUACAUAUCACUCACUGGAAUCUGAUGAUGCCAAGUCAUGCUUCUUGCUAUGCUGCUUAUUCCCAGAAAAUUAUGAUAUCCCAAUUGAGAAGUUGCUCAAGUAUGGGAUUGGAAUAGGUUUGUUUCAAUAUGAUUCAAUGCAAGAAGCCAGAGAUAGAGCACAUUCUGUGGUUAAGUACCUCAAAGCUUCUAGAUUACUUCUGGAGGGUACAAAGGAGGGAUGUGUAAGGACGACCGAUGACAUUCGAAAUCUGGCAUUGUCCGAGGAAGGCGAUGGGCUUUUAGUAAAAGCUGGUUGUGAGCUAGAGGAGUGGCCAGACGCAGAGGCAGUAUGGUCGCAAGGAUUGACUUGGACCCAUUCCUGGCACUGGGAUUGUCCAAUUGAUACUCAUGAAGGCUACUCAAUAAUCUCACUAAUGAGAAACAAGCUUCACAAGCUUCCUGAAUAUUUGCUUCACCAGUAUUUCGUCACUACCUCAGUCAUUCAGUUUCCUAACCAGCCUCCAAGCUUUGAAUUUGGAUUUUUGCAGCAAUUUAAGUGA